UGUUCGUGGCAACUUCCGGUGGCAAUUUCUGAAUGUUCUUGUUUUCGUCGGAAUGGAUUUUACAGAGGACAUGUGCCUCUAAUAUACAUCAUUAUAGAUCCCAUUUACCUCUAAUGUGGUCUUAGGUCUUUUUUUAUUUUAAGUGUAACCUUCUAAAGGUUGUGUUUGAGGAAAGAUGGUGUUUUACUUUACAAGCGCUGUUGUCUCACCACACUAUACCAUCUACAUGGGUAAAGACAAAUAUGAAAAUGAAGAUCUUAUAAAAUAUGGAUGGCCUGAAGAUAUUUGGUUCCAUGUGGACAAGCUCUCAUCUGCCCAUGUAUAUCUCAGAAUGCCCAAGGGUAUAACGAUAGAAGACAUACCAAAAGAGGUUCUGAUUGACUGUGCACAGCUGGUGAAAAACAACAGCAUUCAAGGUUGCAAAAUGAACAAUAUUAAUGUUGUCUACACACCAUGGAGCAAUCUGAAAAAAACUGCAGACAUGGAUGUCGGGCAGAUAGGAUUUCAUAGACAGAAGGAGGUGAAAAUUGUGGCAGUAGAGAAGAAAAUUAAUGAAAUCAUCAACAGACUGGAGAAAACGAAAGAGGAGCGCAAUCCUGAUCUUGCAGCCGAGAAGGAGUCUAGGGACAGAGAGGAGAGAAACAAGAAGAAAGCUCAGAUACAAGAGCAGAAAAAGAAAGAGAAGGAGGAAAUGAAGAAGAAAAAAGACAUGGAGGAAUUAAGGAAUUAUUCAUCACUUAUGAAGAGUGACAACAUGACCACAAAUGAGGAUGGCUAUGAUUCAGAUGACUUCAUGUAAAGUAAUGGAUCUGCGAUAAAGAAAACCAGCAUCUUUCCCUACAGUAUCUUAAAGUUUGUCAGUGCACGUUCAAAGGAGCUCAAUGUGCACUAGAGGCAUCGAAAAUGUAUGAUCUUAGGAAUGAUCGGAAACCGUACUUGUGCCAAUAAAGCACAAUGCCAGGACUUUUCUAGAGCAGUUGGCUCCACCAUUCCCUUGAAAAUAUCAAUAAAAUAAGUAAUGUAAAGAAAAGAAUGCUCUGUAAAUGUCAAGAUUGAGUAGACUGCUCAUUAAACAAGAAUUUGGAGA